AUUUGCUAACGGCGGUGCUAGUUCACUGUUGUGUUGCGUAUCUCUGUCAGGUUAUGCUAGAGUAGGUGUCAGUCUUUUAUUCGGGCAAAUAAGCACCAAGUGAUAUCGGCAGCAAUGGACGGUCCACUGAAGGGCGUCUUUGAAAAUAAGACCGUCGAAAAGACAAAGAAGGAUCCCAAACGACUGUCUGUGGAGAGGAUUUAUCAAAAAAAGACUCAGUUGGAGCACAUUUUGCUCCGACCGGACUCCUACAUUGGAUCUGUUGAGACUGUCACGCAGCAAAUGUGGGUGUAUGAUGAAGAUGUUGGGUUGUGCUGCCGUGAGGUGACUUUUGUGCCUGGGCUGUACAAAAUUUUUGACGAAAUCCUUGUGAAUGCAGCUGACAACAAGCAGAGAGAUCCGAGCAUGACAUGCAUCAAAGUCAAAAUUGAUGUUGAGAACAAUACAGUCAGUGUGUGGAACAAUGGAAAGGGCAUUCCGGUUGUGCAGCACAAAGUGGAGAAGGUUUAUGUCCCGGCUCUCAUCUUUGGACAGCUGCUUACUUCUAGUAACUAUGAUGACAAUGAGAAGAAAGUCACAGGUGGACGUAAUGGGUACGGUGCAAAGCUUUGUAACAUUUUCAGCACGAAAUUCACCGUGGAGACGGCCUGUAAAGAAUCGAAGAAAUGUUUCAAACAGACGUGGUAUGACAACAUGGGUAGGACUGGAGAGCCUACCAUCAAACCUUUUGAUGGUGAGGAAUAUACGUGCAUCACCUUCUGCCCAGAUCUGCCCAAGUUUAAAAUGACCGUCCUGGACAAAGAUAUAGUGGCUCUGAUGACCAGGAGGGCCUACGACGUUGCUGGAUCUUCAAAGGGUGUCCGUGUGUUUUUCAAUGGCACCAGGUUGCCUGUAACUGGUUUCCGCAGCUACGUUGACAUGUAUUUGAAAAACAACAUGAACGAAAUAGGCCAAGACCUAGAAGUGGUUCAUGAGGUAGUCAACAACCGCUGGGAAGUUUGCCUCACUAUGAGUGAGAAAGGAUUCCAGCAAGUCAGCUUCGUCAACAGCAUUGCUACCACCAAGGGUGGAAGACAUGUUGACUAUGUGGUGGAUCAGGUGGUGACCAAGCUCAUUGAUGUGGUUAAGAAGAAAAACAAAGCUGGCGUGACAGUCAAGCCUUUCCAGGUGAAGAGCCACAUGUGGCUGUUCGUGAACUGCCUGAUUGAGAACCCCACUUUUGACUCGCAGACGAAGGAGAACAUGACUUUGCAGCAUAAAAACUUUGGAUCCACAUGUCCUUUGAGUGACAAGUUUAUUAAACAGGCCGUGUCAUGUGGGAUUGUGGAAAGUAUCAUGAACUGGGUCAAGUUCAAGGCUCAAACAGAGCUAAACAAAAAGUGCUCGGCUGUCAAACAAACUAAAAUCAAAGGAGUGCCAAAGCUGGAUGAUGCUAAUGAUGCAGGUGGGAGGAAUUCCAUCAACUGCACGCUGAUCCUCACUGAGGGAGACUCGGCCAAGACACUGGCUGUGUCUGGGCUGGGUGUGGUCGGUCGGGAUCGGUACGGCGUCUUUCCCCUCCGGGGUAAAAUGCUGAACGUCCGAGAAGCUUCGCACAAACAGAUUAUGGAGAAUGCUGAGAUCAACAGCCUCAUUAAGAUCAUUGGCCUCCAGUACAAGAAGAACUACACUGAUCCUGAAUCCCUCAAGUCCCUUCGAUAUGGGAAAAUAAUGAUCAUGACAGAUCAGGAUCAGGAUGGCUCCCACAUUAAGGGCCUUGUCAUCAACUUCAUCCAUCACAACUGGCCCUCACUGCUGCGCCACAACUUCCUGGAAGAGUUCAUCACUCCCAUCAUCAAGGUGUCACACAAGAAAACACAGCUGUCAUUCUACAGCAUCCCUGAGUUCAAUUCUUGGAAGGACAAGACACCAAACUUCAGAUCUUGGAAAGUAAAGUACUACAAAGGUUUGGGAACUAGCACAGCACAAGAGGCCAAGGAGUAUUUCUCCGAUAUGGAGAGACAUCGAAUUCCAUUCAAGUACACAGGACCUCAAGAUGAUGAAGCUAUCACCCUUGCCUUUAGUAAGAAAAAAAUUGAGGAGAGGAAAGAGUGGCUGACUAACUUCAUGAACAACAGGCGUCAAAGGAGGGAGCACAAUCUUCCUGAGGACUAUCUCUAUGGCGAAGUAACAGAUAAUAUAUCUUACGAUCAAUUCGUCAACAAGGAGCUGGUUCUUUACUCAAACUCUGACAACGAGCGCUCCCUUCCUUGCCUUGUUGAUGGGUUGAAGCCCGGCCAAAGGAAGGUGCUGUUUUGUUGCUUCAAGAGAAAUGACAAAAGGGAAGUCAAAGUGGCUCAACUGGCUGGGUCUGUGGCCGAGAUGUCUGCCUACCACCAUGGAGAGACUUCACUGAUGAUGACCAUCGUUGCCUUGGCCCAGAACUUUGUUGGAAGCAACAACUUGAACCUGCUGCAGCCUUUGGGUCAGUUUGGAACCCGACUGCACGGUGGCAAGGAUUCUGCCAGUCCUCGAUACAUCUUCACGAUGCUCAGCCCUCUGGCUCGCCUUCUUUUCCCACCGGUGGACGACAAUCUGCUCACCUACAACUUUGAUGAUAACCAGCGUGUGGAACCAGAGUGGUACAUACCCAUCAUCCCCACUGUUCUGGUGAAUGGUGCUGAUGGUAUCGGCACAGGUUGGGCCAGCAAAAUCCCCAACUAUGACAUCAGGGAGAUUGUCAACAACAUUACCCGCAUGCUUGAUGGAGAGGAGCCCCUGCCCAUGCUGCCAAGUUACAAAGGCUUCAAAGGUUCAAUUGAUCAGGUGAUGGAAAAUCAGUACAUGAACAAUGGAGAGAUUGCUGUCAUUGAUUCCACCACAAUCGAGAUCUCUGAGUUGCCUGUUAAAACCUGGACGCAGAACUACAAGGAGAACGUUAUUGAGCCGAUGCUGACUGGCUCAGAGAAAACGCCUGCUCUGAUCACAGACUACAAGGAGUACCACACCGAUGCCACAGUGCGCUUCGUAAUCACAAUGACUGAAGACAGGCUGAAAGAGGCGGAGUCAACUGGACUUCAUAAAGUUUUUAAGCUGCAAACUCCACUCACUUGCAAUUCCAUGGUUUUGUUCGACCAUGUGGGCAGUCUGAAGACGUACCGUACAGUGAACGAAAUCCUUGAGGAGUUCUUCAAGCUGAGGAUGAAGUUCUACGGCAUGAGGAAAGAAUGGCUGAUCGGCAUGCUGGAGUCAGAGUGUGCCAAACUCACCAACCAGGCUCGGUUCAUCCUGGAGAAAAUCGAGGGCACAUUGAUCAUUGAAAACAAGCCCAAAAAAGAGCUGAUCCGCAUGCUGCAGGCCAUGGGCUACGCUUCAGACCCAGUCAAAGCCUGGAAAAAGUCUCAUAAUAAGAAUGAGGAGGUGGAGCAAAAUGAGCUGAAUGAAGAGGAAGCUGAGGACAAUGACGGCCCAGACUACAACUACCUGCUGAACUUGCCUAUGUGGUAUUUGACCAAAGAGAAGAAGGAGGAGCUGUGCAAGCAGAGAGACAGCAAGAGGACGGAGCUGAAUGCACUGACCUCCAAAUCCCCAAAGGACCUUUGGAAGGAGGAUCUUCAUGCCUUCUCUGUGGAACUUGAGAGGGUGGAGGCUCAAGAACUGGAGGAUGCACAGCUACCCACAGUGAAGGCUCGCGGAAAAGGCAAGGCAACAAAGAUCAAAGUCAAACAGGAGACACUACCAACUCCACAGGGCCGCCGCAUUGUCCCACGCAUCACCAGUGCCAUGAAGGCUGAAGCAAAUAAAAAGGCUGGCAAGAAGGGAGAAGGCAAAGUGAGAAAAAUGAAGACUGAGAAAGUUGUUGUCAAAAUGGAGUUUGGAGAUGAAGGGGACGAGGGGGAAAGUGAACAGCCAGAGGAAGAGAUGGGCCUGUCCUCACGACUGAACAAGAAAACCAAAGGUCUGCGCAAAGAGAACGCCGCCGCCUCCAAGACAAGCAAGCAGACCACUCUGCAGUUCAAGGCUGUCUCCAAGAAGCCAAAACUGGAGGCCAGGUCUGCCGAGUCUGCCGAGUCUGCCCAGUCCUCUGAAAGUGACAUGGAGGUGGACGAGGUUGUCGUCCCCAAAGCGCGAGUGGAGCGCAGAGCCAAAGCUCCAGUGAAGUAUAUGUCAGACAGUGAGGAUGAGUUUGAUGACUGGACCACCACGGCACCCAAACGGAGAGCCGUCUUGAGUGAUGACAGCUUCGCCCCUGAGGCUGUUAUGGACAGUGAUUUGGACUCUCCUCCGCCGAAAAAAAUGGUGAAGAGCAAGUCUGCAGUGAGAAAACCGUCAAAGGAAAGCUCCUCCUCUCAUGCUGAUGAGCCAGAGCCACUCCCCAAACCUGCGGCGCCCAGUAAAGCCAAGGCAGCCCCCAAGAAAACGGCCGCAGUGAAAAAAGCGUCCGCUUCGCCUAAGAAGAAGGCUGCAGCUAAAAAAACCGGCGCUUCGCCUAAGAAAGCGGCUGCCAAGAAACCAGCUGUCAGGAAAACUGCUGCCUCCAAGAAGACUGCAGAUGUAAAGCAGCAGUCCAUCCUGGAGGCUUUGUCCAAACCCAAAUCGUCCACCACCACGUCCAAAAGGGCUCUGUCCUCCAGCGACUCGCAGAGUGAAGCCGAAGUCAGGCCCAAACCUGUGGUGAAAAGGAAGCAGCUGAGUGAUGACUCGGACAGUAGCUCAGAUGACCUCAUGUCCCGCCUCAAAGCCAAAACCGCUGGCAAAAAGAUGACUACCAAGUGGAAUCUGGACGACAGCUUCAAGAUUUCUGACGACGAAUCUCCAGUUGUGCCUCAGGCUAACAAACCGUCCCGUGGCAAGAAGCCACUCAGCUAUUUCUCUGACUCUGAUGAAGAGGAGUGAAUGGUCAAGCCAUUGAUUCACAUGUUAACUGAAGAGUUUUAGUGCGUUGUUUUUACUGUUGUGGCACUUGUUCCUAAAAAAAAAAAAGUUUUAAAAGUUGGGGAAAAAAAGCAAACGGCAUUGCAUCCGGCUUUUAAUCUGUUCUUAUUGCAUGUAGUGUGUUCCACUUGUUGGUUGUGUAAAUAUUUCUGUGGCUGUUCAAUUUCUACUUUCCUUAAUAAAGACAUUGUUCCUA